CGCAUUCGCAGUCCCAAGCGAAUGUCGAAUAUUAUUUCUUUUGACUUUGUAAUUAUUUUUAUCUUUUAAAACCACCAAGAAAAAUGAUUUAUUUAAUCAUUUUUAAUAUAAUCUCCUAAGUUUGACGUGAUAUCAGUCCAUCGCAACUUUUUGCGAUGGACGUACAAGACGAAGGUGUUUUGGAUGUUGACUUACUCCCUGACGAUGGGUCAGACGAUGAAGGUGAAGCGCCGCCGUCUUCUGAUUUCUAUGUGGGGCCAGGGUCAACACCAACAUCAUGUGCAUCAUCCCCCCGUGGGGAGGAGCCUGCCUCCCCACACGGGGGUGCGGCACAGCCAGCCUUCUUCCACCACCAACCAUACAGCCGACCAUUCUUUACGUCUGUUAGAAGAGGUCCGGGUAGACCUAGGAAAGAGGGGCCCAAGUUAGCUAGAGAAGGGAAAAUUGUCAGAAGAUACAGAGGGAAUGCUGGUUCAGUGAGAGGAGCAAAGCGUCAUCGCACUAGCCGGGAUGAUGCUCUUGAUGAGAUAAUGGAUGAGGAUGACUUCACUAUGCCAGCUCCAGAAGAGCCACCAUAUAUGCCUGAAAAGUGGCCCGGAAAAGUUUGUGCUUUCUGUAACCUGAGUGAGAAAAGUCAACUAGGGCAGGGUGAGAUGCGUCAAAUAGUUUGUAAUAUUGAAGAGGGUGAUGGAAGUUCAACACCGGCUAUAAAUUCUGGAGGUGCAACACCAACAAGCAUAUCAACACCAAGCACACCAACUUUACCAAUGAUACCUGGGUUAUCAUCACCACCACCUGAGUCAAUAGAUCCAAUGCAACAACAUUUAGCUUUACCAUUAAGUAGACGGCAAAAGGCUUUUAAUAAAUGCAAAACUCCACUGUACAACAUGGAGCACACAGAUGAACUGUCCAUCAUUGGUUACUUGGAUAUUCUGGAGUUACCAUCCAUUGUGUCUUCCAGUGCAAUAUACAUACAUAGAUGUUGUUUGGAAUUUAGUCCACCCUUUCAGGAUCAGGUUGCAGCAGCUUCUAAUAAUGAAGAUAAAAGCCAAUUAGAAGAAGCAAGAGUUAAAGGAAUUGUUAGCAAUGCAUUAUCAAGAAAGUGUGCCUUUUGUCAAAGACAUGGGGCAAGCAUUCCAUGCAAGAUGAGCUGUAGUAAAUAUUUCCAUUUACCAUGUGUCUUGGCAUCAGGAGGUUUUAUUGAUUUUCAUACCAAGUCAUCUUUCUGUAAAGAUCAUUUAUAUCAAGUACCACUUGUUUGUACAGCUGAUAUUGAAUGUAGGACGUGUAGAACAAUCGGCGACAUCUCCAACUUAAUGACAUGUGUUACUUGCGGAGGUCACUACCAUGGUACUUGUGUAGGACUCGCUCAGAUGCCAGGGGUGCGCGCGGGCUGGUCGUGCCGCGGCUGCCGCGUGUGCCAGGUGUGCCGCGGCGAGGCGCCGGGCGACGCGCGCGCCGUCGCCUGCGAGCACUGCGACAAGCUCUACCACGCCGCCUGUCUGCGCCCCGUCAUGGCCACCGUGCCCAAGUACGGCUGGAAGUGCAAGUGCUGCCGCGUGUAUGCGUUAUACGUGCACGGCGCGUGCGACCCGGACGCCGAGCCGCAGCAGUACAGACAGAAGAAAGACCAGAACCCCUCCUAUGAGUACAACUGUCCCAUCUGCAAGUCUAACAUGCAGAUGUCCGGCUCCAAAUCUGCUUCUUUCGAAGAUGAUAGUUUGACUCAAAGUGGACAAGAUUCUUCUUAUGGCGAGGAAAAUUCACAACAAGAACAGGAUCCUCUAGCUAUUGAGUCCAAGCCUUUACAGCAGGCGGAUGUUGGACUAGGAAAGGGCAAACCAUUUUCGGUGUCAUCUAAAGUGGCGAAGAAAAAAAUCGGCGGGUAUAAAUUAAAAGGCGGAUUCCCUCCAGCGGGUAAACUAGGCUUUCAAAAGCGGCAGAGAGCUGUUCUUGAUUUCGGUCGCAAGAGGGGGUCGAAACCUAAAAUGAGAGGGGUGUUUGGUGUUCCCGGCUUAGGACUACAAAGACCUCAAGCACCAGACAAUAAAACUCCAGAAGAUGACCCAGGUGUAGAAAAUAAACUUGUGCUGUGUUCGAGUAAAGACAAGUUUGUACUGACACAAGAUUUGUGUGUCAUGUGCGGUGCCAUUGGAACUGACUCUGAGGGCUGCCUCAUAGCCUGCGCACAGUGCGGACAAUCAUACCACCCUUAUUGUGUUAACAUCAAGGUGUCUCAGGUGAUAGUGAGCGUGGGAUGGCGCUGCCUGGACUGCACGGUGUGCGAGGGGUGCGGGUCGCGCGGCGACGACGCGCUGCUGGUGCUGUGCGACGACUGCGACACUGCGUGGCACACGUACUGCGCGCGGCCGCACCUCGCCGACGUGCCGCGCGGCGCCUGGCGCUGCGAGCGCUGCCGCCGCUGUCGCGUCUGCGGCACACGGGACACCCUCGCCUGGCGAGACAACUACACAGAGUGCGCGCCGUGUGCGUCGCUGGUGAUGUGCUGCGUGUGCGCGGAGCCGUACUCCGACGGCGAGCUGAUCAUCCAGUGCGAGGCGUGCCAGCGCUGGCUGCACGCCUCCUGCGACAGCAUACGCAGCGAGAACGACGCAGAGAUCUGCUGCCGGACGGGAUACAAGUGUAUAAUGUGCCGCGGGCGCGAGGUGCCGCCGCCGCACGUGUCGCGCGCGCUGCCGGCGAAGGCUCAGCUGAUGCGGCCUCCAGCUUGA